AUGGACUCAUCUUGUGCUGUUGUAAAAGGACCUACCGAGUCCCCACUCUGGCUUUCGACCACUGUGGGUGAUAUUGUCAAUAAACAAGCAGCAAAGUUCGGCUCGAAGGAAAUCGCCGUUUUCCCAUGGCAAGGCGUUCGACUUUCAUAUGCCGAGCUUGCCGAGCGAGGGAAAUUGGUAGCCAGAGCUUUGCUCCAUGUCGGCGUCAGAUCCAACGAUUGUGUUGCUAUUCUGGCUGGGAAUCGAUCGGAAUACCUUGAAGUUGCUGUCGGUGGUGCGCUGAUCGGGUGUUCGGUUCUGGUGCUUCAUACCACAUACAAGCCAUGGGAGCUUCAGAAUGCGUUGGAGAAGACAAAAUGUCGUGCUCUGUUUCUCGCGUCCUGUAUUGGAACUCGUAGCAUGAAUCAGCACUUCGAGCUUUUAUGUUCCCCUGCCACACGUUCUGUGUUGGCCGGGCUGGUUCGAAUCAUUACCCUCGGCGAUGGGCCAUGUCUUGAACAAACGGCGUUGAACGAGGAUUAUGAAAGCUUUCUCUCGUCUGCACCCUGUACUCCAGAGUCGGAUACUUUAUAUGAUACAGCCAUUGGGUCGGUUCAGGCAUCAGACGUGGCGAGUUUGCAAUUCACAUCUGGCACAACUGGCGCGGCCAAAGCAUCGAUGCUGACCCAUGUGAAUAUUCUCAACAACGCACGUUUUGUCGGAGAUAACCUCCGGCUAACAGAAGAGGAUAUCAUCUGCUGCCCACCUCCACUGUUCCACUGUUUUGGACUUGUGAUGGGCUUCCUCGCAUGUCUCAUCCACGGCUGUACAAUCGUAUACCCCUCAGACCACUUUGACGCUGAUGUUGUCCUCGACUCAAUCGUGGAGGAAAAAUGCACGGCACUCUAUGGCGUCCCAACAAUGUUCAUCGCCGAACUGGAAGCCAACCAAGCCCGAAAGCGCAACAUCCAAAGCCUUCGCAAAGGCCUAGCAGCAGGAUCGGUGGUCCCGCUAACCCUCAUGAACAAGCUCAAAGAUCAAAUGGGCAUCGAAACAGUGCUGAUCGCGUACGGGAUGACCGAAACUAGCCCCGUCACCUUCAUGUCAAAGUUUGAAGACCCCGUUGAGAUGCGUGUUGCGACUGUCGGGCGGAUCAUGCCUCACACAUCAGCCAAGGUUGUUGAUAAAGCGGGUCGUGUAUUGGAUAAGGGUGAGAGGGGCGAGCUUUGCACAUCUGGCUAUGUGCUUCAGCGAGGGUAUCUAGACGAUGAGGCGAAAACGAAUGAAGUGAUGAAGCGGGACGAAGAUGGUGUUUUGUGGAUGCACACGGGGGAUGAAGGGAUGAUUGAUGAUCUUGGAUAUUGCCAUAUCACUGGACGAAUCAAGGAUAUUAUCAUUCGCGGUGGUGAGAAUAUCUUCCCCGUUGAGAUAGAAGAGCGGCUACUGGGGCACCCUUCGAUCGCAGAGGCAUGCGUGGUUGGCACCCCGGAUCGGAAAUAUGGCGAAGUGGUAGGAUGUUUCCUCAAGGCGUCGGAGGGGACGAUAUGCAGGCCCGGGCUGCAGGAGAUCCAGGACUGGGUGAUGUCUAGUAUGGGAUGGUCUCGCACACCCCAGGUGGUCUUUUGGGUAGGUCCAGAUGGGAUAUGCCUUGACUUCCCCAAGACGGGCAGUGGCAAGCAUCAGAAGCAUUUGUUGCGGGAAUUGGCCGCUGGUUAUUGCAAAACACAUUCAGUGGGUGUUCGCAACGAUCAAUAG